AUGGCAAGCUCAGCAGAAAACACCGCUGGUCCUAGAAAGACACCCAUCGCCAGCCCAGGACCAAACAGUCAACCUACACCACGCCCAGAAUUGACAGAAGACCAAAAGACAAAGUAUGAGGCUCUCCUAGAACAAGUCAAGGGCUUCACCGAGAUUCAGUGCGAGAAGCAACCCGACAAAGAGGACAAGUCAGGUCCCAUCACAGACCACGAACGCUCAUGGCUCACCCGAGAAUGUCUCCUCCGUUAUCUCCGUGCCACAAAGUGGACCGUCGACGACUCGGCCAAACGUCUCAAGGCGACACUUGCAUGGCGUCGUGAGUACGGUCUGGAGGGGUUCACUCCUGAGUACAUUUCUCCCGAGCAAGAAACCGGAAAACAAAUCAUUGUCGGUUAUGAUAAGCAGGGUAGACCGUGUCAGUAUCUUAACCCUGCGCGACAAAACACGGAUCAGAGUCCUCGUCAGCUUCAUCAUUUGUUUUACAUGGUUGAGCGAGUUACGGAUCUUAUGCCACCGGGCGUGGAGAUGUUGAGUUUGAUGAUCAAUUUCAAGCCUAGCAAGGAGCGCAAGAACACGAGUGUACCUGUGUCUGUGGCCAGAGAGGUGUUGCAUAUUCUGCAGAACCAUUAUCCUGAGCGACUCGGCAAGGCUCUCAUCAUCAACGUACCAUGGAUUGUAUGGGGUUUCUUCAAGAUCAUCACCCCCUUCAUCGACCCCGUGACCCGCGAAAAGCUCAAGUUCAACGAGGACAUGAAGCAGUACGUUCCUCCGGAGCAGCUGUGGAGCCUUGACUGGGGCGGUGACAUGGAUUUUGAGUAUGACCACGAAACAUACUGGCCUGCUCUGAACGAGCUGUGUCGUCAAAAGCGCGAGGACAAGUUCCGACGAUGGGAGGCUGCCGGAAAGGAAAUUGGUGAGAGUGAGGAUUAUCUCGCUGGUGGAACGGACACAAGUGUCAAGGGAGUCAAGUUUGAGGCCAAGGAUGGAAAGGAUGGUGUUAAGGAGGUUGAGGAGAAGCUUGCUGAGGCUAAGCUUGAGGAGACACCUGUUGCUGCUUAG